AUGGAGAAGCAGAAUCUCACAGCAGUGACUGAAUUCAUCCUGAUGGGCAUAACUGAAUAUCCUGAGCUCCAGGCUCCAUUGUUCGCACUCUUCUUCCUCAUCUAUGUAAGCUCAACUUUGGGCAACUUGGGCAUGAUCAUCCUCACCAUGGUGGACUCCAGACUACAGACUCCAAUGUACUUUUUUCUCAGACACCUGGCUUUCACUGAUCUUGGUUAUUCAACAGCUGUGGGACCCAAAAUGUUGGUAAAUUUUGUCGUAGAUCAAAAUAAAAUCUCCUACUAUUCUUGUGCAGCACAGCUAGCUUUCUUUUUUCUGUUCAUUGGUAGUGAACUUUUUAUCCUGUCGGCCAUGUCUUAUGACCGCUAUGUGGCCAUUUGUAACCCACUACUCUAUACCGUUGUCAUGUCGCAAAGAGUAUGUUGGGUCCUGGUGGCCAUCCCCUAUCUCUACAACACCUUUCUCUCUCUUCUAGUCACCAUAAAGAUCUUCAGUUUAUCCUUCUUCGGCUACAAUGUCAUCCAUCACUUUUUCUGUGACAGCAGUCCUUUGUUAUCUUUGCUCUGCUCAGAUACCCACGAAAUCGAAUGGAUCAUUAUGGUCUUUGCAGCCUUUGAUUUGUUUUCUUCUCUUCUGCUUGUUCUUGUGUCCUACUUGCUCAUCUUCAUAUCCAUUCUCAAGAUGAACACAGCUGAGGGAAGACACAAGGCUUUCUCCACCUGUGGGUCUCAUCUCUCAGUGGUCAUAGUCUUCUAUGGGACACUGAUAUCUAUGUAUGUACAGCCUAAGUCUACUCAUUCCUUUGACACUAACAAAUUAUCUUCCAUAUUCUAUACUCUGAUUAUCCCAAUGUUGAAUCCCUUGAUCUACAGCCUAAGAAACAAAGAUGUGAAAUGUGCAUUACAAAGGAUGUGGAAAAAGUUGUGCAGUAUCUUUUCUUAA